GAAUACAUCUUCUCUCUACUUAUUGCUCUGACGUCUCUCUAGUUAUUCCCCGAAAUAACUUCUCGGAUAAGCUAUUGUUAAAAAAUAUUACCAAAAUUCAAAUAAGAGAGAUAAUUCUAAAUUAAUAAUCCCAAGGCUCAAGCUGAGGCCGCACGCGGUUACUGCCUCAUAAGCAAUCUCAUAAGGCUCUCGUUGGCGUCCUAAUUGAGUGAUCGUCGGAUCAUUUGGAAGUCGUCUAAGCUAACUAAUUGAUCCGAUUCAAUUGCCUGUUGUCUCAGGGUUAAAUAUUCAAGUCAAUUUCUCCCAAAAGUUAUAAGCCACGAUGUUUACGAGAAUCUUCGGGAAACCUAAACAAGAAACAAAUGCGCUAACCACUCUAGACAAAUUAAACGAGACGCUUGACAUGUUAGAGAAAAAGGAGAAGGUUCUACAGAAGAAAGCUUUAGCUGAAGUUGAGAAGGCCAAGGACUUCACUAAAGCUAAAAAUAGAAGGGCUGCGAUUCAAUGUCUUAAGAGGAAAAGGCUUUACGAACAACAAAUUGAACAACUUGGGAACUUCCAAUUGCGUAUCCAUGAUCAGAUGAUAAUGCUAGAAGGCGCUAAAGCCACAACAGAAACUGUUGAUGCUUUGAGAACUGGAGCUGCUACUAUGAAAGCCAUGCAGAAGGCAACGAAUAUUGAUGAUGUGGACAAAACAAUGGAUGAGAUUAAUGAGCAGACUGAGAAUAUGAAACAGAUUCAGGAAGCGCUGUCUGCUCCACUUGGAGCAGCAGCUGAUUUUGAUGAGGAUGAAUUGGAGGCAGAACUUGAGGAGCUAGAAGAAGCUGAGUUGGAGGGACAACUUCUUCAACCUGCUACAACCGCACCUGCUGCACCAAUUCAUGCACAAGCAGCUAGUGGUAGGCAACCGGAACAUCGUCCUCUCCGCAAGAACACUGCCGAGGAAGAUGAAAUUGCUGCUUUGCAGGCUGAGAUGGCUCUUUAAAAAAGGACUUCGUGAGAGAUUGGAUGGAUGGUUAAUCCAUAAGGUGAAACACAGUUUGAGUUUGGUGUAUCUCUGCUCUCUUCGUUAAAGAUUUAAUUAAUGAUGUGCAUUUGCAGAAUAACUGUACUAGUGUGUGUACUAUAACCGUGUAUAGAUUGCAUCAGUCUCUAUUUCCAAAUACUGGAGUUCUGCAAAAACUGUGGGUAGUCAUCUAUAGCUGUUGGAACGUAAAUUUAAGUUUGUGCACACAUAUAAAAGGCCUCUGCUUUAUAAUACGGAGUACUUUCUAAUUUCAAAAAUAUCACCUUAUGAUUUCCUUUUUUGUGCUCGUGCUCACGUGUAUGCAUAUGCAACUAUAAUACAAGUGAAAAGAAUUCACUUUUGUUUGGCCUUAAAUCCAG